UGUCCCGGGCAACAGUCUGCGUGUGCUUGAUCAUCAGUCUCAGGUUGCUGCUUUUGGGAACGUCUCCCACCUCGGCCUCACAGCUUCAAUUAGGAGCACUCCACUGAAGAGCACAAGAGCAGCGCGAGGGGAGAAGCCCAGAGAGAAGAGGAAGCACAGAGCAAAGAGCAGAGAAGAGAAGAAAAGAGAAGUCAAGAGGAGCAGAGAGGAGAUAAGAGAAGAGAGAGAAGAAGAAGAAAAAAAACGACAGUUGGCUCACACACAGAACCCUUGGCCAGCGACACUUGUUUUUAAUCUUGUGUUUUGGAAAGGACUUUUUGCCCCUGGACUGAGCAGAUAUGAAAGCAAUGCCUCUGUUUCCCAACCUUCUGACCCUCCUGGUGAUCCUCCCUCUGGCAGUGCCAGCCACCCGGGGACUGGUGCCCCGCCACGGGCUCCACAAGACGUGCCCCACCUGCGGCAGGGACGGCAAGGGCCGGGGCGGCGCCGCCACUGCCCCCUCGGAGCGGCCCGGGGAGGACAGCACGGCGGCACUGGGCCAAGGGGAGCUGUGCGGCGUCUACACCCUGAGCUGUGCCCGGGGGCUCCGCUGCAACCCCCCGCCGGGCGACCCCAACCCGCUCCAUGCCCUGCUGCAGGGCCGGGGGACAUGCAGCAGCCUCAGGAGCCCGGCCGCCGGCAACCCGCAGACCACAGCUUCCCAGCCAUCUACACCCAUCGGUGAUUUCCUGGGCCCCUGCCGUAAACAGCUCAACUCAAUUCUCCAAGGUCUGGAGCUAAAGAUCAUCCAGUCGGAUCAGGCCAUUUACAUUCCCAACUGUGACAGGAGAGGUUUCUACAGAAAGAAGCAGUGUCGCUCCUCGAGGGGUAUGCAGCGUGGUCAGUGCUGGUGUGUGAGUGAGACCGGCGCAGCGAUGCCGUCGAGAACAGCUGAAGAUGGCACUGUCUCCUGCGACGGUGUGUGAGAAGGGGUGUUCACCACAGAGUCCUGGAGUUCCUCAGUCAAGAGUCUGUCUGUCUGUCUGUCUGGAGUUGUUUAGAGUUUGGGGUCCAGCUAAAGAAAAAACACACAAACACAAACAUAUAGUGAUGGGCAAAGGACAUCCGGCCUUCCCAUGUGCAGGACUCUACUUGGUCAUGAAGCUAGACAAGGUUUAAAUGAGUUUUUGUCUCAUCUUAUCUUCCAUUGGUUAGAUGCACAUGUAUAUGACAUUUUAAUUCAUUUGUCUGCAUAAAUACAGUGUAAAUAUGUUUAGAACAGCUUCUUUUACAACAGCAAGAAACAGAAUUGGUUGUAAGAUCGAGAUACAAAACUAUCAAAUGUAUGAAAGCCCUCAACAGAAGAGGUGAAUUGACACGCUCAGCCUUGAAAUCAAUUUGGUUUAAAAUGUACAAAAAAAAACUGGAAUCAAAGCACACUGCUAACAAAUUGACAAACCACACACAGAGAGACACACAGACGCUAAACCGUGAACUAUUUCUGAAUGUGUGCAAACCCCAACACUGAUGUGUAGUUUAGGUUAAAGAUGCUACAUAACCUGUGCUUUUUCUGCACCACAGCCACCCAAAGCUUGCUAUGGUGUCAAGACAAAGCAACCAAUGCUCUUAUCAAGAUACUUUUGUAUAUUUACUUUUUUAUAAGCCUAUAAGUUAAAUCGAAUUAUUUAACAAAACUUUGUAUUUUUAUAAUAUAAUUUCAUUAUUAUUUAUCUCUUUUGUGUACCUUUUGUACUAUGGUGAAAUCCCACCUCACGGGGUUAAACUUUAAUGCCAUUUGCAAGCUGAUACCUGCUGAAAAAAAAAGACUGAU